AUGGAGAAGAAUAUAUUAUUAUUAUUGUUUUUCUUCUGCAUUAGUCUGCACCUAGCUGCAAAUGUCUCUGCUCAACUUCAAGUUGGUUUCUACAAAGCUAGAUGUCCAAGAGCAGAAACCAUAGUUCGCGAUACGGUCCGAAACCGGUUCUUGGCUGAUCGUUCCAUCACGGCAGCAUUGCUACGGAUGUAUUUUCAUGACUGCUUCGUGAGGGGUUGCGAUGCAUCCUUACUGAUAGACUCCAAAAACACAAAGAACAAAAGGUCAGAAAAAAAUGCAGGAGCAAAUGGAUCCGUACGAGGGUAUGAGUUGAUUGAUCAAAUAAAGAGUAGAUUAGAGGCUACAUGUCCUAUGACAGUGUCCUGUGCGGACAUCAUUGCGUUAGCCACCCGAGAUGCAGUGGCAUUAUCUGGAGGACAGAGCUACAACAUCCCCACCGGUAGGCGCGAUGGGCUAGUGUCAGACCCAUCACAAGUGAACUUGCCAGGCCCUAGUUUAACCGUGCCACAAGCAUUUCAAUCUUUCAAAAACAAAGGGUUUACUCUAAAUGACAUGGUGACUCUUUUAGGUGGCCACACAGUGGGAAUUACACAUUGUAGUUUGUUUCAAGGCGAUAGGCUAUCGAGGGCGGAUGGCAGCAUGGAUACCAAACUGUUUAACAGUCUUAGAAGGACAUGUGCUUCUAGGGGUGAUCCAUCAGUGUUCUUGGACCAAAACACUUCAUUCGUUGUCGAUAACUCCUUCUACAAACAACUGAGGUUGAAGAAAGGGAUAUUGAAGGUUGAUCAAUUACUUGCAUCAGAUAAAUCAACCGCUGGGAUUGUGACGAAUUUCGCUUCUAAUCCAAGAGCCUUCCAACAGGCUUUUGCAAAUGCAUUGAUCAAGUUAGGUAACACUCAAGUUCUUGUGGGGAAAUCAGGAGAAAUCAGAAAAAAUUGCCGAGCCUUUAAUCCUCCUUCUUCUCCUCCCAAGAUCAUAAAGAGUCCUCCUCCUCCUCCUCCGAAGAUCAUAAAGAGUCCUCCCCCUCCUCCUCCCAAGAUCGUAAAGAGUCCUCCUCCACCACCACCCAAAGUUUUCGUUCCUUCUCCUCCACCACCCAAAGUUUCCGUUCCUUCUUCUCCACCACCGAAGGUUUCAGUUCCUCCGUCACCACCACCACCUAAAGCCUUGAGUUCUCCUUCUCCUCCUCCUCCAGUUUUCAAUAGUCCAUUGCUACCUGUGUCUGGUCCAGAAGCUUAA